UAAUGCUUUUCAAGUUUUAAAAAUGAAAUAUGUUAUUAUUUAUUUGAUGUAAAAUAUAAUAAGUAUUAUUAUACAUACAUGGAUACAAAUAAUUUAUUAUUAAGUAACAACGUAACUAUUGGCGUUCCAACUUGUGAGUAUCUUACACAAAAACAAUACUAUGUGACAUGGGCAGACGCAGACCGGACUGGUGGUUGGAACAACAACAUCAACAGCAGCAACGGGACUUGCUGGAGGACGGUUGUCCUAGGAACGCAGCCAACGCGAGGGAGAGGGCUAGGAUGCGUGUGCUGAGCAAGGCGUUCGGCCGACUCAAGACGACACUGCCAUGGGUGCCGGCCGACACCAAACUGUCUAAGUUAGACACGUUGAGGUUGGCCACUACAUACAUAGCACACUUGAGCUCGUUGUUGACGACUACCGAGCGGUCGGAUAGCAUCGUGGACCAGGGGGAGACCGCGACUCAGGUUGCGGUCACGUCCACGCAACCAAUAAACUACGCCAUGACUUGGCCGUACAACGCACACAGCGCCGCUAAACAAUGUUCAUCACCCGACGAUGAUGAUUGUAGAUAUAACUGUUAUAGUAGUUAUAAUAAUUCACUAGAAGGAAAAUCGUAUUCAACUUACGACACUUACUACAAGCCAUCGAUCAAUUCGUGAAUAUCUGUCAUUCAUGUAUAUUUUAUUCAAUAAAGACCUAGGUGCUUUAAAAAAAAAAUUAUCAUUAUUAACUUAACACCUGUAAAAUAUUUGUAUUCUUAUUUUAUGAUAGGUCAACAUUUCAUUUAUAGAUUUGCACGUAAUUUAAAAUAAACUGUAUAAUAAUAAAUUAUUUAUAAUUUAAUAAAAAUAAUGACAACAAUAGCAACUGGUUUUUUGGGCGUGUAUACAUCACAUAAUAUAACAAUAAGGUAGACCGAGAAUUGUUCUUGAUAAAAUAUAAUCCAAGGAUUCAAAAAAUAAGAUACUUACAGAGCAAUUAUUUUAUCAAAAAACGAAAUUACCUAACCAAUAAGUAUUUCUAAAUAUCGAGUGUUAAAAAAAAAACCUGUUAUCUGUUAAGAUGUACCUACUAUGGAUUUGGAUAAUAUCAGAGAUAUUAUAUGAUGUGCGAGUGAAUUAUAAUGAUCUGUUUUAGUUUUACACAUU